AUGGCGCAGCUGUUUGAGAAAGUGGAGUUGCGAGGAGAAGAGGAUCUGCUGAAGAUACAGCAGCUGCUGGAUGAGGCGCUGGAUCGGCGGGUGCAGGAGGCGGGCGAUGCGCUGACGGAGCAGGACCGGGAGGAGUUGCGUGGCACCAGCGCCAUCUUUGUGGAGCAGCUGCGCCAGUUUGUGGUGUUUGCAGAUGAGGGCGGCCCAUGCGACACGCAGCGCACGCAGCUGACGCCGCCGGGCGCGUCGCUGGCGAUGAAAUCGCCGCUGCUCAAGCCGCUGUCGCCGCCGCCGGCCGACGCCGAGGUGCAGCAGCUGGAGGCAGAGGUGACGGCUGCCUCGCUGCGGGUGGCUGAGCUGCGCACCGGCAUGCAGUCGCGGCUGCAGGGCAUGCUGGCUGCCAAGCUGGCGGCAUGCCGGCCGACCGCUGAGCUGGAGGCGGAGGCGGCGGCAGGGCAGCCGCAGGGCAUGGAAGUUGCGGGCGGCGAGUCGGAGCAGGCACGGCAGCAGGAUGGAGCUGGCCCGGCGGAGGGGGAGCAGCAGCAGCUGCGAGACGGGGCUGGAGCGGCCUCGCAGGCGGCGGAGGAGCCUGCAGCGGGGCAGGGCGAGGGCGGGCAGCAGGCGGAGGCGAUGGACAGCGACGGCGGCGAGGCGCCUGCGGCGGCGCAGCCUGCGCCCGCCAUCCCGCUGUCGCCGCAGCCGCAGGAGCUGCAGCAGCGGCUGCUGCAGGCUGCCAACCGCAUGCCGGCGCUGCGGGCGCGGCUGGAGCAGGCGGCCGACAAGCUGCAGCGGGUGGUGGCGGCCGUGGCUGCCGACAUCAACCGCCCGCCGCCAAACACGGUGGAGAGGGCGGUGCUGGGCAAGACGCCUGGCAGGCCGGCUGAGGCGGCGGCGGCGGAGGUGGGGGCAGCAGAGGAGAAUGAGCCGGGUGUGAGCCCGCUGGUCAAGCAGGCGCUGGAGUCUGGCCAGAUCAGCACGCGGCGGCGCGUGGCCCGCGACGUGCAGCCCGUGCCGUACAACAGCCAGCCGGAGUGA